CCUGACAGUUUCUUUCCUAUGCUUCGAGUGUUACUACCAGCUCUAGAUCGUGCAAGAGGUGCAUAUGGUGUAAAGGAACGUAAGCUGGCAGAACUUUAUAUACGCAUAUUGGGCUUAAAAAAGGAUGGAACAGAUGGUCAAAAGCUUUUGAAUUUUAGAAAACCAAAGUCGUUAGCUGCAGGUGAGACUGGAGAUUUUGCAGAUGUAGCGUAUUAUGUACUUAGAAGUCGAUGCCCUGAUGCAGGAAAAAUGACCUUAGAGGACGUUGAUGAUCGUCUGACAGGUAUUGCCGAGAAUUAUGCUGCUAAAAAUCAUGAGGAAGUUGAGCGUUCACUAUUGGUAAUGCUGCGCAGUAUGACCGCAACAGAGCAGAAAUGGCUGAUUCGUGUAUUACUCAAAGAUAUGAGGCUUGGAAUUGGGCAAGGAACAAUCUUCAAUGCUUGGCAUCCUGAUGCCAAGGACUUAUAUGAUGUUAAUAAUAGUUUGGAGAAGGUUUCAGUAGCAUUGCGAGAUCCAAGUGUUCGAUUACAUGAAAUAGAGGUAUCUUUAUUCUCUGCCUUUCGUCCCAUGCUUGCUGAAAGGGCAUUGUUAGAGAAAGUUGAGACUCAGAUGAAUCACAAGGCAUAUUAUGCUGAGACAAAGUAUGAUGGAGAAAGAUCUCAGAUUCACAAGAAAGGCAGAGUUUAUAAGUAUUUUUCAAGGAAUGGUUUUGACUUUACUGACAACUUUGGUGCCGACCCAAAAUCUGGACUUUUUACACCUUACUUACAUGGAUUGUUUCUUCCAAGUGUUGAAGAUGUUAUCUUGGAUGGGGAAGUAGUUUCUUGGAGUAAAACUCAUAAAUCAAUUAUCAGCAAAGGUGAGCACAUGGAUGUUAAGAAUUUGCGUGAAGAUGGAGAUUAUCAAGUUUGCUUAUGUGUUUUUGACAUCAUUUAUUUGAAUGGUGAAGUUUUGACCAAUCAGCCAUUAUCAGAGAGAUUAAGCAAACUGAAGGGUGUGAUCACUCCCCAUGAGGGCCGUGUAAUUAUAUCCCCAAGGACUACAGUACAGUCAAAAGAGGAUGUUAUUAAAAUUCUGAAUGAAGCAAUUGACAAUCGAGAAGAGGGUGUUGUCUUAAAGGACCCAGAUUCUGUUUAUCGUCCAGCUUCUCGUAAGGCAGGAUGGAUUAAAGUGAAGCCUGAGUAUGUUGACUCACUUGUGCCAGAGCUGGAUUUAUUGAUUAUUGGUGCAUAUUAUGGAAAGGGAAGAAGACAAGGUGUCUUGUCUCAUUUCUUGUUGGCAGUUGCUGUUGAAACAGAGCCAGGUGGAAAGCCACGAGAGUUUCAUUCGAUUUGCCGUGUUGGAUCAGGUUACACAGUUGCUGAACUAAGUGACCUUGUUGACAAACUUUCUCCUCAUACAAGUAGACAGCAGCCUUCAGGAGUUAUUGUCUCCAGAGAAAAACCAGAUAUCUGGAUAAAUCCUGUUAAGUCUUGCGUUGUUCAGGUUAGAGCUGCAGAAGUGGUGAAGAGUCUCCUAUAUCAGACUGGUGUAACUUUAAGAUUUCCCCGAGUGGAGAAAGUUCGUUAUGACAAACCUUGGUAUGAUAUACUGACGACAAAGGAACUAAAUGAAUUGGAACAGGAAGCAAGUGGUAAACUUGCAACCAAACAUUACAUCGACACAGGUGAUGAGCCUGCAGCCAAACGGAAAACUCCAUCAAAAGCGGAUCAUCCCUCAUUACCUUCACAUUUUAGACCAGCUGAUUUAACAAAAGUUGUAAAGAAAGCUGAUGUGCUUGCUGGCAAGGAGAUUUGUGUCAUGGGAGGUGAUGAAAGUUUGACUAAACAACAAAUAGAAAAAUUAAUUGUUGAGCAUGGGGGAUCUUUUAUUCAGCACCCAAGAAAGGAUACCUUCUGCAUUGUGUCAGAUGCUUUCUCUGUUCGAGUAAAUAAUUAUGUCAAAACUCACAAUAUAGUGCGCCCAUCUUGGAUUGAGCUGUGUGUUAAGAAGAGUGCCUUGAUGCCUUUUGGACCUUUAGAAGUGUUGUCACUUCUUGAUGGGAAAAGAGACAGCAUGAAGGAGCUCUUUGAUGAAUUUGGUGACAGUUACACCGACCCCCUGGAUGAACAAACGCUGAAGAGGAUAAUGUGUAAUAUGAAAAAAAAGGUAAAGUCAUGGAAGGAGCUGUCGCCAGAAGAAAUGUAUGAGCUUGAUCAAGAGUUGUGUGAACCUGACAACAUUAAUGGUCUGUUUCGAGUGAUUGCUGCUCAUUUCUAUGAUUGUGAUUGUAAUGAUCUCCCAGCUCUUGCUUUUAGGCUGCAUGGUGGAACACCAGAGAGGGAUCUGUCCAAAGCUAGUCAUGUAAUCAUUACAAAUAGUGAUAAACUUACACUUCGACCUAGUGAGUUAGCUGGCCAGCAUUUGGUGACCAGUGAUUGGAUCUACGACUGCAUAGAAAAGAGAAAACUUUUAGAAGCAAGACAUUAUGCACCGACAUAGAUUCCUUGGUAAACAUUUGUUUAAUAAUAUAUGGAAAUGUAUUAUUUGUAGUAUAUAUAUUUAUAUAUGGAAUAAUCCUGCAAUACAGCACUGUGAUUUUUUAUUAAUUAUGGUUAUGUAUAUACUAAUGUAUUUGUAUGAAUUUGCAAAAUACAUUCACUCCGUAUGUUUA